AUGAAGUCUUUUUCGAGUUCUGCCAUUAACAAGUCGGGCAAAAAGUUUGCUCCCAAGGCGCCCGUCCGACGUGCCGCUCCAGCCCCUCCUCGAGCGCCGUCAGCGCCCUCGAGGCGCGCGAGUGUUGCGUCUCAGGCGUCGGCUUCCCAUCCUCCUGCGACUACGAGCGAGACAGCAACUCCCGAACCUCCGGCCUCUUCUUCAACCGUCGAACCGACCGUCCCAUCUGAACCAACGGUUGCUGCGUCAUCAUCUGUUGCGCCGAUCGUUGAACAUGCGCCCACCGAUCAACCUGUAACUGCUAUCCCGACCACUAGUCCUAAGCGCAAGGCAUCUGUCGCUGUUCCGAUAAUCCGACCAACGAACGAUGCGCCAGUCGCUCCACAGCCUUCACCUUCACCAAGCACCACGGUGAUUCCUGAACCCGUAGCGCAGGCGCCAGACCGGCACGUUGAGAUAACUGGUGCAAAUGUGGGCGCGGGUGAGGAAGCAUCUGCGGUUUUCACUAUCCCCGACCACGAUGAAGUCGCAGUCGAAGCCCGGCCCCCAAAACGUCCAAGGACCACAAUCGAACCUACACCAGUAACAGCGUUAGGGCAAUCAAUAGAAGAAACCUCUCAGCUUGCCACACCCCCAGCGACGCAGGCGACUGCUAUUAGAGAACACACGCAAAGCCGUGAUGAAUCCGAAGUGCUGAAUGCGACACGACAGAGUGGGGGCGCAACUAAGACGGGAGGCCGGAGAGCGAGCAGGUCUACAAGUGACGAUGCUGGGAAGGCCCAAAAGAAGGAAAGGAAGCGGCGAACCCGCAAGCGCGAGCCCACCCCCGAGGGCGCUGAGCAGAUAGAAAUUGCGCCGUCGGUCGUCAAAAUGUCAGAUCUGUGCAAAGAUAUGCGGACAGGAAAACGAUCUAAACGUGAAACAGAGCUUCGCGCUCACGAAUUAGCAGAAUCCGAGCGAAAGAAGGCUCAACAAGAGGAAGACCGUCAAGCCGAGACACCGGUGAAGCAAACUCCGAAUGACAAAUCCCCCCCGGAGGAUGAGGAUACGAGUACGCCCAAUAAGAAAUCACAAGCUGGUCCCGUUAUGCGGAUUGUAAAUGGGGAGAUCGUAUUGGAUACUGCUUCUCUGCAAGUCGAUCGUCAUGCAGACGCAGAAAGAAAUGGGGAUGACUUGGAGGACGUUGUUGAGAACUCACUCACCAGAAAGAUCAAUCAGGCUACGUAUGGGAAACGUUCCAAAACAGAAUCCUGGGACGAAGACAUGACAGACUUGUUCUAUCGCGGUCUCCGUAUGUUUGGAACCGACUUCAUGGUGAUCAGCAAGAUGUUUCCUGGUCGGUCUCGGCGACAAAUUAAGUUGAAAUUCAAUAACGAAGAGCGCCGGGAUCCCCAAAGAAUCAAAGAGACGCUUCUUGGACCCCGGGAAACCAUCGAUAUCAACACCUAUUCGGAAAUGACCAACACGGUGUACGAUGAUCCUCGAAUAAUUCAGCAAGAGUUAGAUGAGGAGAAAAGACACAUCGAAGAACAGUAUGAAAAGGAUAAAAAGGCUCAAGAGGAUCUGCUUCGAAAUCCAGAUGGUCUCGCGGGCAGCAGCGCUCCUGGGUCUGAUAAAACAUCCAUUAAGGGCAAACGCAAUAAGAAACAGAGCGCGCGAGAUCUAGGAGGCGGAACCGAAGAGAUUUUGGGCUCAAUAGACGAUUGA